AUGAAAUCAUAUAAUAUUCUUUAUAACCUUAUAGCACAAUAUGUAUUUUUGAUAUCCUUAUACUUACUCAUAACAUCAACUAGUUCACACUUUAAUUAUACAGAAAGUACAUUAAAUCCUCAAUUCCUUAAUCGCGCUCCUGUUAUACAGAAUAUUCAAACUUACGAUGAUGGAGUAACUCUCGUCCAUAUUGUAAUUCGUUCAACAACACCAACAGCAGAAUGUACAAGAAUUAAUAGACUAGCGCUAAGCUUAGAACAGAUAUUACGCAUAAGAGUUAUUCAAUUAAAUGGAACCGUUAGCGAGAUUAAUCUCGAUUUACAUUUAGAUCCUUUGAAUUAUUGUCUAUUCAAUAUUCCUUCUACCGGACAAGCAUACGUCCCUAUUAUAAUAUAUGCAUUGCAAAGUCCGUUUAUUCUAGUAAAUUAUAUAAAAACUACUAAUUCUUCUGAUCCUAGAACAUAUGAAGAGUGGGGAAUGGUUAUUGAUUGGAAUGGCAAUAUUAAAAGUACAAUAGAUUUUGGCCCAUCUUAUGUAGUUCGCGGUGUUUGGAAUCCAAUAA